GCUGGUACUGCUUUGGAGGAAUUACGAACGCGAUUCCCAACAGUUUCAGCAAGGUCAAGCAGGAAUGCUGCAACAGGAAGGUAUGAAAGAUCCAAAACUUUCCGACCGUAUCCUAACGUAAGACGCACAGUUGGGAGACCAUUGACGUCUGAAACAGUCUCGAAAGAUAUUGUAAUCUUGGAUUUUGGAAGAGAGAAAAUACCAACAAAAUCCGAGAAAGCUGAAUUGGAAAGAUCCGGCAGAAUCAUUUCGGGUUUUGACAUCAAUAGAAAGUGGGAUGCCAAAACACUUCACAACGAAAUAUCACGUUUACUACCAGGUUAUAUGGAGGGACUGUAUUUUGAAAUCGUCAAGAAUAGUGGCGGCACCCUGAUAAGACCAAAUCUCCCUGCAGGAAAAGACAUUGAUGCUAAGCUACUACUCAAAUCAAUUGCCCCAUCAGGAUGGGUAUAUCUUAGACUGCUAGAGGAGCUACCAGAUUCUUUCAUGGAUCCUAGUGAUAAAAAACUUUAGUUUCUCCUUUUGCUGUUGAAGACACAGGUGAUCCGGGUGAUCCAGGCUUGUGUAUAGACUUGACCGAUGCUCCAGAUGGAGUAGGAUUGUCUCGUCAAAACUCAGCAAAUGGCACUGAAUCCUCUAAUCCAGACGAAAGUUCAACACUCAAUGCCAAUGAGAGUCAGUCACAAUCAAGUUCUUUGAACAUUAAGUCAAUUAUCAGGGGUGCUAAAGAGGGAGAGUUGAGUGACCCCGUAAAAGUGCUCAAAUAUCUACAGAAUUGAAGGAGAUAGUAACUGGAAGACCCUUAGAAGUCACAAGCUCAGAAGACACCAUUGAAGGAGAAACAAAUUACAUAACAGUCGACAGAGACAAUAUACUAGACACCACAUUUGCUGAACUUCAAUAUAUAUCCAACUACAGACUAACAUUCCAGGUGGACUUUAUGGGAGAGGAAUGUGUAGAUUAUGAUGGGCCACGAAAAGAAUGGAUAAGAUUAAUGAACCAAGCCAUAAAACAAAAAUACUUUGACCAUGGUUUAAGGCCAUUGUUGGCAGAAGAUUAUUUUGAUGUUGGAAUAAUGAUGGCAAUAGCCAUGCUUCAAAAUGGCCAGCUGCCUUUGUUUGUAGAGGAGGAUAUUCUGCAGCAAAUUGUUUCUGAAAGCGUUUGUUUGAAUCCUUGUGUUGCCAAACUUCAACAAGGUCUCGAAGUGCUGGGAAUGUUAUCAGCCCUUCAGGAGCUGCCAAUGUUGAUUCAUCUCCUGAGACCUCAAGGACAGCAGAAGCUUGGAGUGCAAAUGCUGCUUCACAUUUUGAAGCCACAGUUUUCAGAGGAGGGGUCUAAUGCACUCAAAAAGGAAAAAAGAAGUUUAUCAACUCUUUGUUAG